AUGACGGCCACCACAUAUCUUGAUCGCUAUAGAAACCUGGUUCUCACAGAACAGAAAAAGAACCUGCUGAUCGAGGAACUCCUGCAGCGAGUGGCGCAGCUUGAAGAUGCAUACGAACAGGAGAAGCUUGAUCAUGAGCGCGAGAAGCGCUUCAAUCGAGAUAUCCAAGUACAUGAGAUGGAACUAAUGGGGCAGGUCUCUCGGUUCCAACUUUCCAUGAACCGCCAACCCUACAUAAUUGUUCUCUUGGACGGAUCUGGGUUCAUUUUCAAGGAUGAGUACCUCAGAAAGGGGACACAGGGCGGGAAGCUCGCAGCCCAGAAGCUUCACGACGAGCUUGAGGCCUUUAAUGCCAACCAGCUCCCCAGCGCCAAGGGGCCCAAAUUGUUGACAAGAAUGUAUAUCAAUGUGAAAGCACUAAGCGAGACCUGUAUUCGAGGCGGCAUAACCACCGAUCCAUCGUUACUGCAGGAUUUCAUUCGCGGCUUCAAUAGUUGCUAUCCUUCGGUUGACAUCGUGGAUACGGGCGCCGAAGCGGAUAGUGCGCACAAUAAGAUUGCAGAGACCUUUGAGCUCAAUCUCUACAAUUGCCACUGCCAUCAAAUCCUCCUGGGCUGUGCGGAUGAAAAUUCCUUCUUCCAGGUUCUGGGAGAUCACCUUGACGACAAGGACCUGAUGGGGCGAGUGACCUUGCUCGAAGCAUUGCCUUUCGGCGAGAACUUGAAUGCCGUCAGCUCAUCGUUCAGGACAUUGCAGUGGCCGGAGAUUUUCCGUGGCUCGAAAAUCUUUCCCAUCUGGUCUCCCUGGAAAGCUGCCGUGGCCACGCAGCCCCGCUCCCAGCUCACUCCGUCACCCAAGCCGGAGACAAAGCUCUCACCACGGUCUACGAACCAAGCGUCCACAACCCCCAGCGUAUCAAUAUCACUCGCCUCAUCCAGACCAUCCAGCCCAGAAGAAGAAUUCCAGGUGGUGCGCUCCAAAGCGGCCGCGCCCGCACAGCCCAAGGUCGUCGAGCGCAACAAGUACGGGCAACGAGUGGACAGGCUCGAUAUGAAGAAGAUUAACCAGCAGGAAAUGAGUCGCCUCAAGAAGCUGAAGUUGUGCAAUUACUACCAUCUGCAGGGGGAGUGUUCUGUGGAUGACUGCCAGCAUGAUCACUCGCACAAAUUGACCAGAAGCGAACAUGUAAUGCUGGCAGCCAUUGCUCGCAUGAUCCCCUGCCGCUAUGGACUGGAAUGCAAUGACCCCGAAUGUACGUUUGGACACCGGUGUCCCUAUAGCGAACCGGGCCAGAGAGAGUGCCAUUGGGGCUCCCAUUGUCGGUUCGAACCAGCCUCGCAUGGAAUCGAUACCACUGUUGUGAAGGUGACUAAGAUUUAG